AUGCCGGAUCCAAAGGAUAAAGACAAAGCCCCUGAACGGCGUGAAGCCGACCAGGACUCCAGCUCCAAUUCCGCUCCUACCUCGGGCGGUGCGACCAAAAAACUCUCAGGAAAGAUGCUGGAGUCUCUGAUGGAGUCGAAUCCAGCUCUGAAGAAUGAGCUGGCCAGCAUGGAUAAAGAAACCGCAGCGAAGACACUUGCGAACCUGGACAUCUCGCAGCUGCUUACCGGCAUGUCGCUGGGUAACACGAAAAAUCAGAAGGACAUGGCUUCCUACAAGUUCUGGCAGACGCAGCCCGUUCCUCGCUUCGAUGACCGCGCAAGUCAAGAAACUGUGCCACAGGGGCCGAUCAAGAUGAUUGACCCAGAGAAGGUCUCCAAAACACCAGAUGCGUUGCUCGAGGGAUUCGAGUGGUGCACUUUGGACCUGACCAAUGAGUCUGAACUACGGGAACUCUAUGAAUUGCUCAACAACCACUAUGUGGAGGACGACAAUGCCAUGUUCCGCUUCGCUUAUUCUCAAUCGUUCCUGCACUGGGCAUUGAUGUCUCCAGGCUGGAAGAAAGAGUGGCACGUCGGAGUCCGGGCUUCCAAGUCUCGCAAAUUGGUUGCGUCGAUCUGCGGUGUUCCGACGGAGCUCCGCGUUCGUGGAGACCGAAUCAAGGUGACCGAGAUCAAUUUCCUGUGCAUUCACAAGAAACUCCGAUCAAAGCGGUUAGCCCCGGUCCUGAUCAAGGAAAUCACACGUCGCUGCUACCUUGAGGGAAUCUAUCAGGCUAUCUACACCGCUGGUAUCAUUCUUCCCACCCCUGUCAGCUCCUGCCGGUACUAUCACCGUGCCUUAGAUUGGCUCAAGCUGUACGAAGUCGGUUUCUCUCCCUUACCUCAUGGCUCGACGAAGGCCCGCCAGAUCUCAAAGAAUCAUCUCCCCGCGGAGACAUCGACCCCCGGUCUUCGGCCGAUGGAAAGCAAAGACAUCGAUGCCGUCCACGACCUUCUGGAGCGAUACCUGCUCCGCUUUGACAUGAACCAAGCCUUUACUCGCGACGAGAUAGACCACUGGAUGGUUUACAAGCCGCAGCCUGGUAAGGAGCAAGUCGUGUGGGCUUAUGUGAUUGAGGAUCUGGAGACCAAGAAGAUCACCGACUUCGUCUCCUUCUACAACCUGGAGUCGACUGUCAUCAACAACCCUAAGCACGAAGUGGUCCGAGCUGCCUAUCUAUAUUACUACGCAUCUGAAACUGCGUUCAAGGACGACAAGAGCGCCCUCAAGGCGCGCCUUCAGUUACUCAUGAAUGAUGCUCUCAUCUGCGCCCGUCAGGCCAAAUUCGACGUCUUCAAUGCGCUCACCUCCCACGACAACCCUCUCUUCCUGGAGCAAUUGAAAUUCGGAGCUGGCGACGGCCAACUUCACUUCUAUCUGUUCAACUAUCGCACAUCUGCCAUUACCGGAGGCAUCAACGAGAAGAAUCUCCCCGAUGAGAAGAAGAUGGGUGGUGUUGCUGCAGCCGAAGAGCCGAUGCGGGCCUGGAACCCAUGGGAUCAGACACCUGAGGCAUCCAUGCCUGACGUCUCACCAUGCAACCUCGCCCAGCUCUACUUGACCUUCACUCGGAAUCACUUUUCUUCGUGUCUCCUGCAUAACAGUCCCCGCGUUUCCGCGACAAUGGGCGCGGGCCAGUCAACCGAUUACAGCGGAGCCUCUCCAGAGGAGUUAAGCCACUUGCUGGCUGAGCGAUUCGCAACAAAGUGUUUCACCCCUUUGGAGCUCACGCACUUCAAAGACAACUUUUUCUCCCGAGCUGCAGAGCAAGGAGGUCUACGUUACUGGAAUGAACAGAUACUUUCGGAGUUUUUGGGCAUUCCAGAUGGCAUCUCCUUUGGCACAGGCGAAGCUUCGCUUGACGCCGGACCAGUCCUAUUCCGGAUGGUCUCCUAUCUUGCUGCGUUUCCGUUCCAAAAUACUUUGGCCCCAAGUGUUCUGACCUUCGAGGCCAUGGUCAAGGUAGUUGUACUGUUGACUGAGCGGUAUGGUAAAGUGCUCCGGCGCGGGCGAAAAGACCGCACGAAGUUGCUCUUUGGAAGCCUCGCAGACGUGGGAAGAAAGCAUGUUGGCCAACCUGCCGACUCAGCGGGAACCACAAAAAAGUCAACUUCUGAAUAUGUGGAAGAAGAACUAUGUCCCGCAAAGUCACAUGCAGCUGGAUUCUCCAUCGACGAGCCUGCCAAUGACGAGUACGACGAGAAUGAAGAUGAUGAUCUUGCUCUUGCGGCCCUUGAGUCUCUUGAUGCCAUUGAAGUAUUCAGGCAUGAUCAUCGUGUCGACAAAACUGUAUACGAGACCGGAAUAUCUCAUGACACGUUUCGCCGUCUGCUCAUGCUCCUGCUGGUGAUUGCACCUUUGAAGCCCCUUGAGCGUGUCGAUAAAUACAUGGCGUGUUCGGGUUUGGACCCUGGACGAGCGAGUGAGAUUCGGAAAGAGGCAGAAACAUUAAUAGCCGCAUUUCGACCCGACGAGAAUGAUGGUGGCAUCUCAUACAGAGCAUUCGCUCGUACUGUUUCAACAUCUUUACCAUACCUCUUCGAUCCACUCACGGCAUUGUUUGAACAUAUGCUAUUCAGCGAGAAGUUGAAUCUAUCACAAAAAAGAACAGCACGCGGCGAAGCCGAGGCUGAGAUGUCGACUGACGAAAAGGACAACCAGCCUCUGUCUUUGUCUAAACCGAUCUUGUUGCCAGGAAGUUUCGAGUCCACAAUCCUUACCCCCGCGGUCAUCUCACAUCUCUCCUUCUUUCUUCCUUCUAGCUCGCAGUCCCAAAAUCUCUAUCGAAGCGGUGUUCGACUCCAUCCGGUGUUUUCAACAUCCGCACACGGCUCUUCCUUGACCUCCUUCUCACACAAUGUUAUGACCUGGCAGUCCGCCAACAUCCUCCUCUUACAAGGUACAGUCAAAGGUGAAGAACAGAGCAGAGAAACAGUAACUAUCGGCGCCUACGUUCCCCAGCCAUGGAAGUCUUCUUCAUCACACGGCUCUCCAACAACAUCUGGCGCUCUCCCUUGCCUCUUCCAACUGUCUCCAAAGCACCAAGUUCUUCCGGGCAAUCCAUCCACCUCUAUUCAAAAACAAGCAAAUCUCCCAAUAGCGUGGUUCUCGUCGCAUACGGGCCUGGCCAUUGGCUGUAAGAUCCCUCCAGCCUCGCGCAGUCAACACCUACCCCCCAAGCCUCACGGAGCCGCAAGCCUCACCGUGGAUACGAAUCUUGAAUCAGCCGAAUUGUUCAUCGAGCCCGUUGGCCACGACGGCGUCUUCCUCCCUCCUGGAAAUUCUUCAAUGGAAGACAAUUCAGUCAAGUUGCGCCUGGAUAUAUACACACUUGAGGUCUGGGGCGUGGUUCCAGACCUGGAGCUGGCGGUGUCUUCGGAGCCCAGCUCAAGUGCCGUGGAAAACCAACGAUCACAAUGGGAAUUUGAAGCUCGUGAGGCAGAGCGGCGCCGAAAUAUCAAUCUGAAAACGGGGGCUGGCGAUUCGUCAAGGGAGAGUGCUAGAUGGUUGCUGGAGACUGCAGGAGUGAUUGGUGAUCACGGCCAAUAUUCUGGUGGCAGCACCUGA